UGGUUUAGCGUUCCAUUCAUAUGAGAGCAGUAGAAUUGUCAAGCCCGCAAAGUGGUCAGACGCCUUAGAAGUGGGAUUCUGUUAGUCGAAGCGUGUGCUCGAGUCAGUUUAGUCUGUGGCUGGCAUGACCACAUUCAAGAUAUGGGGUACUUGCAGGUUCCUUGCUGUUCUUCUAGUGUUACUUCUGUGUCAAGAAACAGUGCAGACGAAACUGCCAUCAAGUGACGAAACUGCUGUAAGAGCUCUCAAGUGCAUCUUCUGGACGGAUCCUGUGCGAACAUGUGUCGAUUCAACAGGUUAUGUAUUGCCCAACAGACUUAUGCAGAUGUAUGAAAAUAUGAAUGAAGAGAUGAAGGAAAGCAUUAGAGCUGGCAGGCUGGAAACUAUGACACCAGAAGAUUUUGCAAAACUUCCCACUUCAUUUUUCCUGUUAAUUUCAUCCCACCAUUUGAUCAGUAUUUCGGGUUCAUCACUGGCUGCAUUACUUAUCAGCUCUCAAGACGUGGCUGUUGCAGUCAAAAUAAUGGAAAAUUUAAACACUGGCAUGUUGAAAGAGUUUUUCAAGAAGUUGCAAGGAGUGGAAUUGAAAUCCCAGAUCCAGGAUAUUAUUGCCAACACUUUGGUUAAAUUAUUGCCAGAUGCAAACAGCAGUUGGAAUUACCACAGAUUCAGGACAAUAGAGAAGGUUGGAAGCCCUCUCUUGGCUCAUUUGCCAUCAUAUUUCUUGGCUAAUCUUACCAAGCUGGAGUCUAGUAAAUUCUUAUUUCAUCUUCGUAACUGGUUGUGGUCGAAUCUGCCAAGUAAUGUGUGGUGUGGAAAGACGGAGGCAUCUAAGAGAGCAUGGACAGAUCUGAUGUUACGCUCUUCAUAUCCUUUUAACCUAUCAGAAUGGAAUGCAAAUGAUGUAAGAAGGUUUAGGUACUUCCUGGAAGGCGCCACCCCAGAUGAGCUUCAGCAUCUGAGCGCACAGCAGUUGGAAAACACUGUACUCCUGAAAACAAAACUAAGCAGGCUUCAGGUCCAAGCAAUCUUCAACAUUCUCUAUUCAAACAGAGAGCUAUCAUCUGCUAACUUAACUGAGGCACAGCUUCUUCCAGUAGCCUUACAGCUAUCUCCAGCAAAUUUGCUUAGGUUCAGUGUUGCCUCAACAGACUUCAGAGUACUUUCAUCUCUUUUUGAACAAAUGAAGUUCUGUUCAUAUAUAACAGCUAAACAAGUAAUGGAAUCACUGAUUGCUCAGUCACUGCUGUCAGGCAGACUUAAGAGUGUUGAGCCAGAAACAUGGGGUAAUGGAAUUGAACACUUGGGGAAAUUCGUCUAUGUUCUUCCAGUAAGUGCUCUGGAAUCCUACAGGUUGUCUCCACCAACAGCUUUAGUGCAGUCUAGUAUAGACUGUGACAGAAUAACUGCAAGGCAGGCUCGUCUGCUUACUGGAGACACUGUUAUCAAUCUGGAGAAACCAGACUUAAUAAUGGGCCAAAAGGGACUACUGCGAGCUCUGUCAUCUUCUCAACUGGUAUCAGCUAGAACUCUGCCACAGAAUUUGCUCUACCAUCUUCUGGUCAGCCUUCCAUCUGGCAUGCCCAUGCAGGCUGCAGCUCUCUUGCAAAAGGUGGAAGGGCUUGUUGGGGAUCGCUGGACUCUGGGAAAAAUGUUAUCAAACAAAGACCCACAUCAGUUUUUUGAGAUGAUGCCAUCCCGAAAAAUAGCAAGAAUUGUAACAGAUAUAGAAAAUAUAAAGGGGUUUGAGAAUGUCAUUAAAGGACUGCCACCAGCUACUCUCUCAGUAUUAUUGACUGCCAGAAGAACAAGACUGCAGGGUGGCAAGUGGACUUCAGAUACUCUUCUGUCAGGUGGUUCAAAACUUGCUCUCCUUGGAUUGACAUGUAAUGAUAUAUAUGCUAUGGAAACUAUGGAUUUCAUUUAUAUAAUGGAGCAGUACAACAGAGUCAGGAAUGCUCUGAAGAAGCCUUUCCCCAAGGAUCUACAGUACUGUUCUCAGAUGGCUUUAAUGAGUUAUCUAGAGAAGAAAGGAAGUUUGCAAAAUUUUAAACUUUCUGAGCAAUUGCUUGACUAUUUAGAACCAGCUGAGACAGAAGCAAUUGGUGGUUACAUUUUGGCAACUCUACCAGUUCAAGAUAUUGAAAAGGCUAUCAACAGUCAACAUAUGUUGGAAACUAUUGGACAGUUGUCUCUACCAGAACUCCUUGUAGCUACAAAGGAAAUAAAACCUUACAAAUAUGCACAGCUGCUGUUGAAGAAACAUGAACAUCCACAUAAAAGAGUAACUGAAAUAAAAGCAUUUGAGAUUUCCAGUUUGGGAAAUCUUGUUCACUUUUUACCAGCAACUGAUAUUUUAAAGAUAAAUCCAGUUUCCAUGAAGCUAUUUGUUGAGUCAUUUGGUGAUUCAGCAUCAAAAAUAGUCUGUGCAAAUUCCGUUACAAGAUCAGCAUGGUACCAGAUCUUUCUGAAAGCAUUUGGAGAUCCUUUCAGCUGGACCUCUUCAGUAUUAGCCACUCUAGGUGACUUCCUGUUGGUGGUGCCAAAUGAGGAGUUAAAUUCUGUUCCUCUAGACAGUUGGAAAGAUGCAGCAGAUACUCUGGUAGAGCAAACAUCCUACUAUAUGAAAGUGGAAUGGCCUGGAAUUGUUGAUCGAAUCCCACUCUAUCAGGCUUGUGCUGAGAUUCUUGAAGAUUCAGAAUCGUCGAACUAUGUGGCAGCAGUUCGUAGGCUGGCACGCUGGCACCUUGCAGCAGUUCAGAGCCAACUGAACACUAUUGUCAGUGCCUCUCAAAUGCUUGCAACAGUUCAUCAGUCAAAGAAAGAAAAACCUGUGAGGAAAAUGGUCAUUCCCAAUCUUCCUAUUGAGAUGAAACACCCAGACACUAUCAUUAAAGUCUUGGUACCAGAUGAAGUUGGAAAGUCAAUUAUAGUGAAGAAGCCAGGAGCAGAAAUGGAACUUGGAACAGUUGCAAUGCCCAAUACAUUAACCAGUGAAUCUACAACUCAUCCAACUUCAACUGUGGCUUUGCAUGAAAGUAAUGAAACAUUGAAUGCAGAUUUAAUUGAGAAAUUGGAGGAACUAGAAACAUCUACAACUGGUGACACUGAAGCUAAUACAGAAUUUCUUAUGGAAACCUCAACUCCAGCAGCAGAAAGUAUCAUCUGGUCAAGCACAAAAUCUGACAAAAUAAAUAAAAUUGAUGGUGAUAAUUAUUUGACUACUUUAAGAAGUUCUACAGAGACAGUUAUUUCCACUGGAAGUUCAUUGGAAAACACAACUGUUACGCUAAUUUAUCCACCAACUUCAGCAGCUGUAGACAGCAAUAGUACUUCAGUAACAAGUGAUAUAAAUUCUACUGAAAGAAGUGCUGAGCUGCCAACAGAUAAACAUGUUAAAUUUUCUGCAAAUAUCGAAAACAAACAUUUAUUGCAAGAAAUCAAAUCAGAAAGUUCUUCUGAUUCUCUUCCAGUAAAUGGAAGUAUUUCCUUAAAAAGAGAUGAAAAUAUGUCUCUUUCAUCACACAGAUCUAAUCAUGAGAAAGUGAAAGUCAAGAGACAUGCCAAUGUGGAAGACAAGGAAGAGCAAAGAAACAACCAGACAAUUAAUGGUAUCAACCGAGCAGAGCAGUCAGGAGAGGUGUUGAGAGGUGUUAUUCGAGCAAAUAUUUUUUCCUCACAGACUAAGCCAUCAGCUGUAUCAGCUCUGAUUCCUGAGAUUGAAAUGACUUCUGUACAGCCAGCAGAUAAGAGAGAGAUACCUAGAUACUGGGAAAAGGUAUCCUGUGAUGCCAUCAGAGCAACAGGACUGUCAGCAGGACUGGCUCUGGAUGAGACAGAUAUUGAGCUUAUGGGACUUGAAGAAUUGGAAAUGUGUGUUGAUACUCUGGGAUCACUGGAACUAGAUAGUAAAUUGCAAACAAAAAUAUGGAGUCUUGUGAAUAAGGACAAAUUGCUGGAGAACUUGUCAGAUUUGGGCCACCUAGUGAAAGUUCUUGAGGUUGAUGAUAUUUCCAAAAUUAACUUGAAUUUGAGUUCAUCUAAUGCUCUGGAUAACUUAGCUACGUUAAGUGAAAUGGUUACGGACACUCAUGUUCUCCAUGAAGUAGGAAGUCAUUUCCUGAAGAGCAAUCCAGACAUGAAGAAAUUGAUCACUGAGACUACAGUGGCGCUUGGCAGAAUACUCUGUGAAGUAUUAACAAUUUCUUCCCAAAAGCUACAUGACCUGUUAGAACAUUCAGUGUUUCUUCAGGCAUCACCAAUGCUUGGGAGGAUGAAGGACUGUCCCACUCAUUGUCUACACAAAUUUGUCAAUUUGGCAACCAGAAAUUCUGAAUAUGGUCCUCUAGAUACAUGGACAGCUGAAGAUGUUGCAACAUUAGGAAGUACACCAGCAGGUCUCAAAGCAGAACAAUGGAGAAAAUUAAAAUCAACUGGAUAUGGUAACAACCCACUUGUUGGUAUAAGGCCUUCUGCUAUUAGAUGUAUUCCUCCUCAAAUAUUUAAGGAAUUGGAUGAUGACCAGCUGAAGUCAUUGCCAACACUGAGUGCAGCUGUGGUAUCACAAGAGCAGCUGUCCCAUCUCUCACGAUCACAACAGUUAGCAUUAACAAGAAUACAAAAAGAAGUACGAAUAUUGAAAUAUUCAGAAGAUACAGACUCCAGUAUAAAACAACAACAUAAACCAAACGGCAGUGCAUCAUCCACAGACAUUAACUUGCUAGUCAUAGUUGUGUUAGCUGUGAUCUCUAGGUUUAUUGCCUAAAUGUGUGUUGUGUAAUAUAUUCUGUACUAUAUUGUAUAUAUAUAUAUUGUAUAAUAAUGCAACAAUCACAGAUUUUAUAUACAUGUUUCUAUUUUCUAUUUAAUGUUACAUAUUUUUGUGAUAUUGUUCUCCACAAAGAAUAAAA